GAUGUUGUUUGAGUAGUUAUAACCAUAAAAUUGCAAAAUACGCAUGGAAAACAACAAUUAAUAACAUAAACAAUGACUGAUUCUUGUAAAUAUUGCAAUAAUCUACUAGAAGAUUUACACAACGAAGGACUACAAUGCGAAUCAUGCGAGAAAUACGUGCAUUUAUCAUGUUUAAAACGCGGUUCCACUCCGGGUGCGUUUGCGGGUGAUGUUUUCUUCACUUUCACUUGCUUGGAAUGCAGUGAUACAGAUACAGAAUGUUUUUCACGUGAAAACACAAAAUGGUUUCACAUCUUGGUUUUAACAUUUUAUCAUUUAAAUGUUCACAAUAAACCACUUUCAAGAAAAGGUUUCUACCACUGGAGGAUGCACGUUGCAACAUUUAUAGAUAAAAACUGGAAUGUAUUAUUUGACAAGUCAUGUAAACAGAAAAGAAACUGGAUGGGAACAAUCUCCGGUUUGUUAUCUGUAAACAGCUCGACGUUUUUCACAAGAUGCCGCACAUUUACCGAGCAGGGAUGGUGGACUCUCACAUAUCCCAAACUAACACCACAUGUGCAAGUAAAACUCUCCAAUGAAUUAGCUAGCUUAAAAUUGUCAUUAAAAUCACAAAAUAUUUACGAGUCAGAUACGGUUUUACUCGCUGAUAUUAUCAAGAAAAGCAACAUUUCGAAUGAAUUUACUAUUAUGACCAUUAGUUUACCACCAUUAGAGCACGUAAAAACAGAAGACAGCCAAACAAUCGACGAAAUCUCUAAUUCAACGAUAACUCCAAUAAAUGACAAUCAAACUAAUUUAAAUCCUAAUAAAACAAAUAAUAAACAAAAACGCGCACUUUUACCAACAUUUGAUUCGAUAUCAGUGUCAGAUUUAGACACUCACGGCCCAGUAAAGAAGAAACAAAAAUUAAAUCAUUCAUUAACUCAAUCAUUUGAUGAAACUGCGACGUCAAGCAGUCAGGAAUCAACGGAUAGCAAAGAAAGUAUAUUACCGAUUAAAAUGGAACCUGCGAUUAAAUUAUUAGACCCAAUGUGUCACUAUAACACAUCAUUAAACAAUUUAUUCAUGCUAAAACGCUUAAAUUUAAAAACUAAGUUACUUGGUGGUUUAAGAGAGGAACCCAUUUUAUCACCGUAUUCAAAUCUUUAUUUGAAACCUUAUAUUCAUCGAGACGUGAAAAAAACACCGCAUUGGUUGAAAAUCAUGGCGCAAAUACAAUUAAAAGCGAAUGAAAAGGUAAAAAAUUAUGUUUUACCGAGUCGGUCAUCGAUUGACUACGUCUACGUUCAACCAUCGCACAUUCCAGCCAUCAAUAGCUUGUGCAAUCAGUUUUUCUGGCCUGGUAUUGACUUGACUGAAUGCCUGCAAUAUCCGGACUUUUCUUGUGUAGUUUUAUAUAAAAAGUUAAUAGUUGGCUUUGCAUUCAUUGUUCCGGAUGUAAAAGUGCAUGAGAAUUAUAUUUCGUUUAUUUUUGUACGACCUGGAUGGCGAAAUAUCGGCGUUGGGAAGUUUAUGAUCUAUCAUUUGAUUCAGACAAGUAUGGGAAAAGACAUAACGCUGCACGUUGCCAUCAACAAUCCCGGUUUGUUUCUCUAUCAGAAGUUUGGCUUCAAAGUGGAACAUGUCGAGUUGAAUUUCUAUGAGAAAUAUCUACGAAAUGAUUCAUUUGAGUCAAAGCACGCGUUUUUCUGCAGGCUAGAACGAUAACACACGAUGAUUUACUGUCAUUUAUUUAUCCCGUAUACAUUAUACAGUAAUAGAAAGAAAUUUAAAUGAAAAUUUCAUGUGAGUAUAUUUACAAUAAGUUUCAUUUUUAAACGAUCCGAUAAAAUUUGCCUAUUUUUAAUAUAUUCUUUUAAUAUCUCUUAUUAAAGGUAUCUAUAUAUUCAAUAAUGGAAUUGAAUUUAAGAUUAACAGUAAUAAAUAAUCUCUGAAGUAAUAAAUAAGACUAUAAAUUGUGA